UCGGGUCCCGCUAGAUGGCGGUAUAGCUGCAGCAUCAUGUUGAGUCCCACUGUCUUUGUGCAGUCGAGGAAGCCAAGAUGGCAGCCACCAUGAAGGGAACUGUAGCGGUUGAAGAUGUUAAUGUCACUUUUGAAGACCAGCAGAAGAUCAAUAAAUUCGCCAGGAACACGAGUCGGAUGACUGAGCUGAAAAAUGAAAUAGAGGCAAAGAAAAAAUUGCUGCAGAAUUUACAGGAUGCCAGUGAUGACUUAAUGAUGUUAGACGACGACACUCUACUGAUCCCUUAUCAAAUUGGCGAUGUCUUUGUCAGUCACUCCCAGGAGGAAACACAAGAGAUGCUGGAGGCUGCAAAGGAAGCACUGGAGCAGGAGGUCACAGGCCUAGAGGAACGAGUGUCAGCAAUACAGCAAUUGUUGAGUGAUCUGAAGGUCCAGCUCUAUGCCAAGUUUGGUAACAACAUUAACCUGGAGGCAGAUGAAAGCUGAGCGGUGAAAUGGACAUUGACAGCUGCCCCAACGUGGACUUUUUCAUGCAGCUCUCGUAUCAGAUCCACAGUGCAUUUGUCAAACAAAGCAUCAAAUACGACUCGGCAUGAACUGCUUAGAUUUGUUUUGGCUUUUGUCUACACACAUGACAUGAGUCUUCGUUUUAGCUUUGGCAAACAGUUUCACAAGGACAACAAAGGUAAAGGUUUGGAGAUUAAAUAAAUGCACAUAAUGUCUGACGUA